AUGUUGGGUCGUUUUGAAGGGGCCUUUAAGAUUCCAUCAGUUAAUAAUCCUAGAAAAUUGGAAAGUAAUGCAUGGGGGAUUCUUCAUGCAACUGAGGCAUAUCAUGCAUCAAGUGAUACUAGCUUGUUUUCGAGCUCAUUGCCUGUACUUCCACGUGAAAAGUUGAACUUCUCUGACUUGGAGCAUUUGGGUCAGUCUGUUGAUGAUAGCUUGCCUAGUUUAAACAAUGUUGAGCAAGAAAAUGAGAUUAAGGAUCCGCUUGAAAAUGUUGAAUCCAACGCAUUUGGGAUCAUGCUUCCUGAUGAUGAAGAUGAUCUCUUAGCAGGCAUAACAGAUGAUUUUGAUCUAAGUCGAUUGCCUAAUCAGCUGGAGGAUGUUGAAGAAUAUGACCUCUUUGGCAGUGGAGGCGGAAUGGAAUUGGAUUUUGAAUCUCAAGAUGGCCUUGGCAUUGGCAUGUCAAAACUAAGCAUAUCUGAUGGGGUUGUUCCAAAUGGGAUUGGUCAUUAUGCUCUUCCAAAUGGUGUGGGAGCUGUGGCUGGGGAGCACCCAUAUGGAGAGCAUCCAUCAAGGACCUUGUUCGUUAGAAAUAUCAAUAGUAACGUGGAGGACUCUGAAUUGAGAACUCUAUUUGAGCAAUAUGGGGAUAUCAGAACUUUAUACACUGCAUGCAAGCAUAGGGGCUUUGUGAUGAUAUCUUACUAUGAUAUCCGAGCUGCUCGCACUGCAAUGCGUGCAUUACAGAACAAGCCCUUGAGACGAAGGAAACUUGACAUUCAUUUUUCAAUUCCUAAGGAUAACCCGUCAGAAAAGGAUAUCAACCAAGGAACUCUUGUGGUGUUCAAUUUGGAUGCAUCAGUGUCAAAUGAUGACCUUAGACAGAUAUUUGGGGCUUAUGGAGAAGUCAAAGAGAUUCGGGAAACACCACACAAGAGACACCAUAAAUUCAUAGAGUUUUAUGAUGUUAGAGCUGCAGAGGCAGCUUUACGGGCAUUAAAUAGGAGUGACAUAGCUGGGAAACGCAUAAAGCUCGAACCUAGCCGCCCUGGUGGAGCACGUAGAACCUUGAUGCAACAACUCACUCAAGAGCUUGAACAAGAUGAAACUCGGAGUUUCCGACAUCAAGUGGGUUCACCAUUGACCAACUCUCCUCCAGGUACCUGGGCACACAUUGGAAGCCCCAUUGAGCAUAACCAGCCAGCUUUCAGUAAGUCCCCAGGUUUGGGAAGCCUCAGUCCAGACAGCAACCAUUUGCCUGGGUUAGCUUCAAUUCUCCCAGCUCAUGCGUCUAACUCUCCAAAGAUUGCGCCUAUUGGUAAAGAUCAAGGAAGGUUAAACAAUAUAAAUCAAAUAUAUAGCAACUCUACAUCAACACAAGGAGCAGGGUAUCAGCAUUCCCUUUCCUAUCCCGAGCAGAAAUUAAGUGCAAGUCCAGGUCCCAUCUCAUUUAGCGAGUCAAAUUCAAAUUCAGCAGGGAUUGGAACAUUGUCAGGUCCUCAGUUUCUCUGGGGAAGUCCAACUCCUUAUGCCGAGCAUAAUUCUUCUGCCUGGCCAACCUCAUCUGUGGGGAAUCCAUUUUCAUCCAGUGGACAGGGACAAGGUUUUUCAUUGGGUAGCCGGCAUGGUUCUUUCCUGAGUUCACAUAGCCAACAUGUGGGAUCUGCUCCAUCUGGUGUUCCUCUGGAUAGACAUUUUGGCUUUUUUCCAGAGUCACCAGAAACAUCCUUCAUGAAUCCAGUGUUUGGGGGCAUGGCUUUAAGUCGCAACAGUGGGAAUUACAUGAUGAACAUGGGCAGUCGUGCAACAUUGAGUGCUGGUGUGGGUCUUCCAGGAAACAUUACUGAAAAUAGCUCGCCUAGUUUCAGAAUGAUGUCAUUGCCAAAGCAUGGCCCUAUGUACCUUGGGAAUGGCUCAUAUACUGGACCAGCAGUAACCAUCAAUGAAAUGUUGGCUGAUCGUAGUAGAAGUCGGCGAAUUGAGAAUAAUGGGAAUCAAAUAGAUAGCAAAAAACAGUAUCAACUUGAUUUGGAUAAAAUUAUCAGUGGGGAAGAUAUUAGGACUACUUUAAUGAUAAAAAACAUCCCGAACAAGUACACUUCAAAAAUGCUGCUGGCUGCUAUUGAUGAAAAUCACUGUGGUACAUAUGAUUUUCUCUACCUGCCAAUCGACUUUAAGAAUAAGUGCAAUGUGGGUUAUGCCUUCAUCAAUAUGGUGUCUCCUUCCCAUAUUAUAGCCUUUUAUGAGGCAUUUAAUGGGAAGAAAUGGGAGAAGUUCAACAGUGAAAAAGUUGCUUCAUUGGCAUAUGCACGAAUCCAGGGCAAAGCUGCCCUUGUGACUCAUUUUCAGAAUUCAAGCCUAAUGAAUGAGGACAAGCGUUGUCGGCCCAUUCUGUUCCACUCAGAGGGCCAAGAGACUAGUGAUCAGGAAACUUUCCUUUCCAGAAACUUAAACAUAUGUAUCCGGCAGCCGGAUGGCUCUUACUUGGGUGACUCAUUGGACAGCCCAAAGGGGGAUCUGGAUGAGAAGCCAGAGAACAGUUGA